UGGUCCCUGUGGUGACGGCGUUCCUGCCGCCAGAGUCUUAUUUUGAAAAGCGUUAGCGCUUCCGGUGCAGGGCGCCAGUCUGUCCGUCAGCCUGUCGGCGAGAGGCGCAGCGGCUGGAACCAGAAGAGCCAGGUGAGCCAGCAGACCACUUGACGAUGAGUCCUGUCUGGGUCUUGGUGGGGGUCCUCCUGGUCCUGGUCCCGCUGGACCCCACCUCGUCCCAGUCCACCGACCCGUCCACGGCGGACCUGGUCAACAGGAAUGCGGACUUUGCCACCCGGCUGUACCGAGCGGUCGCCGGCCGGACGGACGACAACGUGGCGGUGUGUCCCUUCGCGCUGUCCGCCGGACUGACGGCGCUGGCGAGCGGCAGCGAGGGACAGACCCGGGACCAGCUGCUGCAGGGCCUGACCCUGAACGGACUCAGCGCCCAGACCCUCCCCGACCAGUUCCAGAACCUGACGAACCUGGUCCUCGGUGGGGACGUCCCCUCCAACCUGCAGCAGGGCGCGGCCGUCUUUCCCGGACAAAGUCUUCAGGUGUCCCAGUCCUACCUGGACCUGGUUCAGACCAAGUAUGGGGGGAAGGCCCAGACUGUGGCGUACACGAUGCCUCAUGAAGCGAUGGACACCAUCAACAGCUGGGCCCAAGACCAGACCGGAGACCGGGUCCAGGACCUGGUGUCUCAGCUGGACCCCCAAACCCAGCUGCUGGUCGCCUCCGCCGCUUCCUACCAAGCCCGCUUCAGUCCCCCCUUCAAUGCGUCCCUGUCUCAGGAAGAGCGCUUCCUGGUGGACAGUUACCACGUUGCCAUGGUUCCCAUGAUGUCCCGGACCGGGAAGUUCUCCCUGGCGUACGACCCGGCGGUGCGGGCCGGCGUGCUGAAGCUGCCCAUGGCGGACGGGACGGCCAUGUUGGCCGUCCUGCCGGACGAGGACGUGGACAUCGGAGCGGUGGAGGACGAGCUGACGGCCGAGAAGGUCCAGAGCUGGAUCCGCCGGCUGAAGAAGACGUGGUUGGAGGUUCUAUUCCCGCGGUUCCAGCUGGAGCACUGGUCCUCACUGAAGGACGUCCUGCAGACGCUGGACAUCACGCAGGUCUUCCUGGACACUGCUGACCUCAGCAGCAUGGGCGGAGCUAAAGACGUCAGACUGACGGAGGUUUAUCAGAAAUCUGUGGUUCUGAUUGACGAGACCAGCGAUGAUGUCACAGCACAGGGCGGAGCAACAACACUACUGACUCCGCCUCCUCGCCUGACCUUCAAUCGACCUUUCAUCUUCAUCAUCUACCAGGAGACCACCAACAGCCUGCUGCUCCUGGGGAGGGUCUCUGACCCCUCCCACAAGUGACCACCUGCUUCAAACCCCAGUAUACCCGCAGAUAGACCCCGCCCAUUAUCCAUCAGCUGACCCCGCCCAUUAUCCAUCAGCUGACCCCGCCCUCACUAAUCACCUGACUGCAGCCCAGUGUAACCAGAUAGACCCCGCCCAUUAUCCAUCAGCUGACCCCGCCCAUUAUCCAUCAGCUGACCCCGCCCUCACUAAUCACCUGACUGCAGCCCAGUGUAACCAGAUAGACCCCGCCCAUUAUCGAUCACCUGACCACUCCCUCUUGUAAGCAGUGUGAAUCAUAUAAGCCCCGCCCCCUUGUCCGUUUCGUGUUGGUGACAUGUAAACAAACACGGUUGAGUUUCAGCAUUUUAUUUGAGAGGAGUCCAGGUGAGGCCUGCAGCGCCCCCUCCAGGUGAGUUCAGAGAUCACAGGAGGCACACGCUCACUGUACCGACUGCAGUUUUUACCCAUGAUCCUCGCUGGGUUUGCUUUGGAAACUACGUUCUCUGUGUCGUGAUGAUUAAACUGGAAACUUCAAACCGACUCACUUCUCUGC